UGCAUUGCCUUGACGUUUCCUAAGUGAAUGCGAAGUACCGUGUAGGUGAACGUGAACAUAUAAAUAUUUUAUUGUGUAUUUUUGGGAAAAUUUCUCAGCAAAACAUAAAUCUGUUUGAAUCUAAGGCAAAUAACAUCAACUAUGGGCGUAUGAUCAGGUUAUAGACUGGACAAUCUUCUUUAAAUCCAGAUUGGACUGCUAUCCUGAGCUGUGGGGCUUCACGUUCAGUGAUGGCUGAUCCUGACCCGGAAACUCUCUUGGAAUGGCUGAAUAGCGGCCUGGGCGAUGAGCGCGAUAUGCAGCUCAUCGCCCUCGAGCAACUGUGCAUGUUACUCUUGAUGUCGGAUAAUGUGGACCGUUGCUUCGAAAGUUGUCCGCCUAGAACUUUCUUACCAGCAUUAUGUAGAAUAUUCUUGGACGAACAAGCUCCAGAAAACGUGUUGGAAGUCACCGCUAGAGCAAUCACCUAUUAUUUGGACGUGUCGGCUGAAUGUACAAGAAGAAUUGUCGCGAUCGAGGGAGCUGUUAAAGCCAUUUGCAACAGAUUAGUGGUAGCUGAAUUAUCUUCUAGAACCAGCAAAGAUCUAGCAGAACAAUGCGUAAAGGUAUUAGAGCUAAUAUGUACAAGAGAAGCCGGAGCAGUAUUCGAUGCUGGCGGCUUAAGCUGCAUUCUGCCAUUUAUUCGCGAUAAUGGUCAAAGAGUACACAAAGACACACUUCAUUCCGCUAUGGCUGUCGUCUCAAGAUUAUGCACCAAAAUGGAACCAGCAGACGCUCAACUACCAACUUGCGUAUCAGCACUCAGUUCUCUACUACACCAUGAAGACAGCCAUGUGGCCGAUGGCGCACUUAGAUGUUUCGCUUCUGUAGCCGACAGAUUUACAAGAAGAGGUGUAGAUCCAGCUCCUUUAGCUCAGCACGGUCUGGUCAAUGAACUGUUAAGUAGGCUCUCUAAUGCUGCCGGGCCAGCAGCUGCCAGUGGUACUCAAACAACACCCGGUAAAACUCCAUCUACAAGUAAUCCAGCAACAGCUACACCUGAUUCCAAAGCGAACGCAGCUUCAAUAUCGACCAUUAUUAGCCUCCUUUCAACUCUCUGUAGGGGAUCACCUUCUAUAACAUAUGAUUUACUAAGAUCUGAGCUUCUGGACGCCAUUGAAAAAUCACUAAAAGGAGACGAACGAUGUGUAUUGGACUCAAUGCGUCUAGUUGAUUUGCUGUUAGUGCUGCUUUUCGAAGGAAGACGCGCUUUAGGAAAAUCUGGAUCGUCUUCGUCUGGCCAACUGAUGCCAAGAAUGAGGCGCAUGGAUUCAGCAGCUGAAAAAUCUCACAGACAGCUAAUAGAUUGUAUAAGAUCCAAAGAUACGGAUGCAUUGAUUGAAGCUAUAGAAAAUGGCGGAGUUGAAGUAAAUUUCAUGGAUGACGUUGGACAAACGCUAUUAAAUUGGGCAUCUGCUUUUGGCACCCAUGAAAUGGUCGAAUAUCUAUGUGAAAAAGGUGCCGAUGUAAAUAAGGGUCAGAGGAGCUCAUCCCUCCAUUACGCUGCUUGCUUCGGCCGUCCAGCGAUCGCCAAAGUCCUCUUACGCCAUGGUGCCAAUCCUGAUUUACGGGACGAAGAUGGUAAAACACCUUUAGAUAAGGCAAGGGAAAGAGCAGAUGAAGGACAUAGGGAAGUGGCCGCUAUUUUACAAAGCCCCGGCGAGUGGAUGAUUCCCGUGGAUAAAGAACGAAAUCGCAAAUCGGAAUCUGAAAGCGAGGAUAACAUCGAACCAAAAGGUGAUCCGGAAAUGGCUCCUAUUUAUUUACAACGAUUAUUACCAGUAUUCUGCACCACUCUACAAUCAACGAUGUUGGCCAGUGUUAGAAAAGCUAGUUUGGGGUUAAUUAGAAAAAUGGUACAUUAUAUUCAGCCAAAUCUUUUAGAAGAACUUUGUGCUAUGGACGCUAAUCCAAAUUUUGGUACACAAGUAGUUGAAGUCAUUGCUACAGUUUUGGAUAACGAGGAUGAUGAAGAUGGUCAUUCUAUAGUCUUGUUGAUUAUACAAGAUUUGAUGUCAAAAUUACAAGAAGUAUUUUUAGACCAUUUUGCAAGGUUGGGUAUUUUCACCAAAGUUCAAGCCCUAGCAGGUCCACCAGAACCGCAAGAAACUGAAGAAACCGACACUACAACUGAAGAACCUCCUGAAACUACUCAAGUUGAAGAUGCAAGAGAGAUCUUACCUGGAAAAGCUUACCAUUGGAGAGAUUGGUCCAUUUGCAGAGGUAGAGAUUGUCUUUACAUUUGGUCCGACGCUGCCGCACUGGAGUUAUCAAACGGCUCUAACGGUUGGUUUAGGUUUAUAUUGGAUGGAAAAUUGGCUACAAUGUAUUCCAGCGGAUCGCCCGAAGGUGGAGCAGAUACGUCAGGGAAAGGUCGAGCAGCUGAUUCCCUUACAACUGAAGAGAAUCGAGGAGAGUUUCUAGAAAAAUUACAGAGGGCGCGUUCAGCAGUUAGAUGCGUCAAUAAUUCUACGCCGUUACUAUCAAAGCCUGGUACCACACGAUUAGUAGUAGGAAACUGGUCGCUGACAUCAAGAAAGGAUGCUGAAAUUCACAUUCAUAACUCUGAUGGACAACAACAAACAACCAUUUUAAGAGAAGAUCUACCCGGCUUCAUUUUUGAAUCUAAUAGGGGAACAAAACAUUCCUUCAUCGCUGAAACAUAUUUAGGUCCCGAAUUCUCAGCCGGUUGGACAAAUAAGAAAGGAAAACGUCUUCGCUCAAAAUUAGAAGCCACAAAAAUGAAAGUAAAGUAUUUGGCUCAUCAGAUCUACGAACAAUACUUCAGAGUGGCCCAAGCUCAACCCAGAGGUAUAGUGGCUAAACUAGGAAAUAUUGUUGCCCAAAUCGAACGCGCUUGUCAAAAACAAUGUUCGUAUGGCAACAACCGAGAAGGAGGCAACUCAUGGAAGGAAAUCCUUCACAAUGCUUUAGAGGAAUUGACAGAGAUCCUUAAGGAAGAUGGAGUGGUAUCAGCGUAUGAAUUACACAGUUCUGGUUUAGUGCAAGCAUUAUUGUCUCUCCUUUCAACGAGUUAUUGGGAACAAGGUUUAAAAUCAAGCAAAAUGAGCAAGUUCCAAAAACAGAGAGUACAAGUAUUUAAACAGUGUUUCAGAAACAAGUGUAAUGAAGACAAAUCUCCUAUUUUAAUACUAGUCCAUAAAUUAAUAUCUGUCCUUGAGAGCAUAGAAAAAUUACCUGUAUAUUUGUAUGAUACACCAGGAACCGGGUAUGGUCUUCAAAUCUUAACAAGAAGACUGCGAUUUAGGUUAGAAAAAGCCGCUGGUGACAGUACCUUAAUAGACCGAUCAGGAAGAAGUUUAAAAAUGGAACCUUUGGCAACAGUAUCUCAACUAGAAAGGUACCUGCUGAAAAUGGUGGCAAAGCAAUGGUACGAUUAUGACCGCAGCACUUUUCAAUUCCUCAAAAAAUUGAAAGAAUCAAAAUAUCAAGUUUUCAAGCACACCCAUGAUUUCGAUGAGAACGGUUUGAUAUAUUUCAUAGGAACCAAUGGCAAAACGAGCUCUGAAUGGGUAAAUCCAGGACAAUAUGGUUUAGUAGCUGUUACUAGUUCGGAUGCCAGAAAUCUACCCUAUGGAAGAGUAGAAGAUAUUUUAUCCAGAGAUACAUCUGCACUUAACUGUCAUACCAACGAUGACAAACGUGCGUGGUUCAGCAUUGAUCUAGGAGUAUAUAUAAUUCCGACAGCUUACACUUUACGUCAUGCCAGAGGUUACGGAAGAUCUGCCCUGAGAAACUGGCAUUUCCAGAUGUCCAGAGAUGGUAACACUUGGACCACACUAUAUACUCAUACGCACGAUAUGUCAUUAAAUGAUCCUGGUAGUACCGGUACUUGGCCAAUAGAAGUUCCACAAGAAGAGGCUCAAGGUUGGAGGCACGUUAGAAUACAGCAGGCCGGUAAAAAUGCUUCAGGUCAGACUCAUUAUCUAAGUUUGUCCGGUUUCGAAAUCUAUGGACAAGUAACAAGUGUCUGUGAAGAUAUGGGCAAGGCACAUAAAGAGCAAGAGGCGCAUUUGAGGAAGCAACGGCGUUUGGUUAAGUCUCAGUUGCUUAAACAUAUGACAGUUGGAGCACGAGUAGUUAGAGGUGUCGAUUGGAAAUGGAGAGAUCAGGACGGCAAUCCUCCAGCUGAAGGUACUGUUACUGGAGAACUUCACAGUGGUUGGAUCGAUGUCACUUGGGAUCAUGGUGGAUCAAAUUCGUACCGUAUGGGUGCUGAAGGUAAAUACGACCUGAAACUAGCUCCAGGAUACGAUGUGGAAUCAGCCAUGGCUUCUUCAUCGAAACAAUGUUCCACCAAUAAACAGAAAAACGAUAAAGAUAAACAGAGCGUGCUGACUAGCAGAAAAAGUAGUUCAACGCCUAGUUUACCGGAAGCUACAGAUGCUAAAACUUCAGUUGCUAGUACGGAACAAGCUGCUUCUGCUGACAAUUUAGCAGCAAAACAAGCUGCGGAAACUAUCGCCGAGAGUGUUUUAUCGGUUGCUCGAAAUGAAGCGCUUGUAGCUGUAACAAGUGAAUCUCAAGCUCUUUCGAAUGAAAGUGAACUGUCCGUAGUGGUACAUCCGUUACGGGACCCCCAUAACGAUCUCUCUACCAUAAAUAACUCAACCGAUUUGGCGACAAUAGUAGAAAGUUUGGCUUUAUGCGACGCUGGACCAGUUUCAGCGAGUGAUGCUCAAAAGUCAGCGACGAACAGCAAUUCUACAUUAAAUAUCAACAAAUCCAAUCGCACUUCAAAAAUUAGUAAUUCCCAAGCUGCCGCGGCAGCUCAAAGCUUCGUAGAAGCCGUUGAAGCUUUGGACAAAUUCCGCGAAGGUGCUGAUAUGCUCAGAAAUAAUACCAAUAACUUUUUGUCUGCAGAACUGCUGCAGUCGGCGUUAAAUCUCGGGCAAAGCAGUCAGAUAAAUCCGUUGUCGAGUGUGCGUAUCUCUGUGUCGGAUAAUUCGGAAACCGAGGACGAAAAACCGCUAAGACGAAAAACUGAUUCUGUCAAGGGUGGCAAUUGUAGUAGUGAUAAAGAUGAGGCUGUGACAAAUACUAAUAAUGCUAAAAACAGUAGUAAUAAUACGAUUGUCGUGAAUCCCAUGAGUGUCAGUGUUCCGAACUUAACCACAGAGUCCAAUAGUCAGAUAGAACCGACAACAACAGCAGUCUUGAAUUUCUCAGGCCUGCUCGAAACGUUUGCAGCUCUAGCUCGACGACGCACCCUAGCUUCAGUAACAUCUUCAAAUGCAUCCAACACCAAUCCCAACAAUGCUCAGAAUGCCAAUAACGCUCAAAACAACCAGAACAGCAGUUCCUUGUUUCCACGUGCACCCAAUUCAGUAUCUAGUCUAGUCCGUCUAGCGUUAUCGAGUAAUUUUCCUAGUGGCUUACUUAGUACUGCUCAGAGCUAUCCAAGUCUAUCUACCAGUAAUAACCCAGGCAACACUACUGGCGGUAUAUCAACGACAGCUGGGGCUGUGCAAGGUUGGAGUCAAGCUCUUACGAUGAGCCUAACAUCAACCAGUAGUGAUAGUGAACAAGUAUCUUUAGAAGACUUUUUGGAAUCCUGCAGGGCGCCAACAUUACUUGCCGAACUCGACGACGACGAAGAAAUGGGAGAUGACGAUGACAACGAUGACGACGAAAACGAAGAUGACGCCGAUUAUGAAGAAGUGAUGGUUUCAAGAAAUUUGUUGUCAUUUAUGGAGGAGGAAACGUUUGAAGCUAGACCUACAAAGAGAAGAUCGUGGGACGAUGAAUUUGUUUUAAAGAGGCAGUUUUCUGCUUUGAUUCCUGCCUUCGAUCCCAGACCAGGAAGGACCAAUGUCAAUCAAACUACAGAUUUAGAAGUACCCCCUCCUGGCCAAAGUGAAGCUCCCUCAAUAUCAGAACAUGAGCUACUGCCUCAGCCCAAAUUGCAGUUGUUACUGAAGGGUCCAAAUAUGCCUGGAAUUCCUGACGUAGAAAUAGAAUUGAAUGAUCGUUGUUGGACAAUAUUUAGAGCAGUACAAGAAUUGAUGCAAGUGACUGAAUUUAAUUCGAAACAAGAAAAAGUUAGAAGGAUUUGGGAACCCACAUAUUUAAUUAUAUAUAAGGAAUUGAAAGACGAUGGAAGUUACGACAUAGAGGAAGGCAGAGCUACUCCAGUAGCGACCCAGUUUUCUCGUAGUGGCAGCAGUUCUAUCGCUGGUACCACUUUAUCACCGAGUACACCAGUGCCUGGCACUCCUUCAGUAUCAAAUUGUACAGUUGAAGAUGUUUUACAGCUUCUAAGACACUUAUUUGUCAUUACAACCUCGAAAGAGAACGAUCUCAAAAUACUUGAAAAUGCUGAUAUACCGGCAGACGAAUAUUCCAGCAAGAAAAUCACCAACAAACUUUUACAACAGAUCCAAGAUCCGCUAGUUUUGUCCAGCUCUAGUUUGCCAGCAUGGUGUGAAGAACUAAACCAUUCAUGUCCUUUCCUGUUCCCAUUCGAAACGAGGCAGCUAUACUUUAAUUGUACCGCUUUCGGUGCAUCUCGAAGCAUAGUCUGGUUGCAGACGCAAAGGGAUGUUACAAUGGAGAGGCAAAGAACGCCUGGUUUGUCUCCACGAAGGGACGAUCCUCAUGAGUUCAGAGUGGGGAGAUUAAAGCACGAAAGGGUGAAAGUUCCUAGAGGAGAGCAGUUGCUGGAAUGGGCAAUGCAAGUGAUGAAAAUUCACGCAGCUAGGAAGUCCAUUUUGGAAGUUGAAUUCGCUGAAGAGGAGGGAACAGGUUUAGGCCCAACACUCGAAUUUUAUGCUCUGGUAGCCGCAGAACUACAGAGGAGAGAUUUAGGCAUGUGGAUUUGUGACGAUGAAGCUAUAAGCCUGAACGAACCGGUAGACUUAGGAGAAGGAAUGAAACCUCCAGGAUACUAUGUCCGGAGGGCUUCAGGUCUGUUCCCUGCCCCUCUACUUCAGAAUUCUGACGUAUGUGAUAAAGCUGUAAAGUAUUUCUACUUUCUGGGUGUAUUCUUAGCUAAGGUAUUACAAGAUAAUCGUCUGGUCGAUUUGCCUCUGAGCAGUAGCUUCUUAAAACUGAUGUGUCAUGGUGAAAUACAAAACACAGUAAACGAACGCAUUGGAUUUGCUGGAGUUAAGAAAACUGUGGAAGAAGAUAUAAUGACAUCGAGUUUUAUUUCCGAAGAAAGUGAGAAAGAGUUAGAACUCGAUCCUCCAAAGAUAAUUAUGGAAGAAAAGAGGCCUUGGUAUUAUAAUAUUUUAGGAGAAGAAGACUUGUAUGAUAUAGAUCCUAUUAGAGCUAGUUUCCUGAAACAGAUUAGAGAAAUUAUCAAACAAAAGCAAAAAAUUCUUCAAGAUCACACUUUGAGUCCAGAACAAAGAAGUCAUCAGGUCCAGAAUUUAUGUCUAAAUCAUUCCUCUGGGCCUGUGCUUUUAGAAGAUCUUGCUUUGACGUUUACAUAUUUACCCAGUUCCAGUAUAUAUGGAUUUUCGGCUGUAGAUUUAGUUCCUAAUGGUGCUGAUAUAGAAGUUAAUAUAGAUAAUGUAGAGGAGUAUGCAGAAUUGACAACGACGUUCUGGUUAGAUAAAGGUAUAGCUAGGCAGUUAGAAGCGUUCCACAAGGGAUUUUCUUUAGUUUUCCCAAUUGAAAAGUUGGCUGCAUUCAGUCCAGAUGAGGUGCGUGUUAUGCUAUGUGGUGAUCAGAAUCCCGAAUGGACCAUGGAAGAUCUUCUUAAUUAUACUGAACCCAAACUUGGUUACACCAAAGAUAGUCCUGGUUUCCUUCGAUUCGUCAAUGUGCUUGUAAAUAUGUCGCCCGAAGAGAGAAAAGCCUUUUUGCAAUUCACAACUGGUUGCAGUUCCCUUCCCCCAGGAGGCUUAGCCAAUCUCUAUCCGAGAUUAACGAUAGUCCGCAAAGUGGAUGCCGGCGAAGGCUCCUACCCUUCAGUAAAUACCUGCGUUCAUUACUUGAAACUACCUGAUUACCCCACCGAAGAAAUAUUACGACAGAGGUUAUUAGCAGCUACUAAAGAAAAGGGUUUUCACUUGAAUUAAACAUGUCACACAGAGCAACUUUUAUCACCACGUUGAUUUGUCUGAAGACAGCACCAGUUCUAUGCAUAUACAAACAAGCUUGAUUGCUUUACUACGAACUAAAAUCUUACUUGUGCUAGUUGGGACGGUCAACAAUAGGGUUUAAAUUAAAUUUGUAUUAUUUCUUUAAGCUACUAUUAUGUAUUUUUAAAAGAAAAUGAAAAUUAUUUAAAAAAAUGUACUGAUAAUUUUUGUAAUUGUACCCAUAAAACAUUACAGUCUCCAGUACACCGUUCUUUUUUGAAAAUGAUUACAAAAGUCUUAAAAAUGGUUUUAACUGCUUCUUUUGUGCCAGACUACCAGCUUCUGAAAUUUUCAGAGUGCAGGAUGGACGCUUUUGUGCAUGCAAAACACCUAAACCUGUAGCUCUACCGCGGUUAUAUUUUGUUACCGUAAAAUGAGGCUACUUUGUGACACUUUUUUAGGUUUUGUGAUGAUAUAGCACAUACACUUUCGGUUUAUUAUAAUUUUAAAAAUGCCACCUGAAAGCUCAAUCUUUCCUCUAUGUUCAGUGAAAACUAUAGUGCGCUGCUAUAUGUUAUAGAAAUCAAGACAAUGUCAAAAAAGUUGUCACAAAAUCGCCCCAUGGGUUUCUUUGCGACACGUAAAUUUUUCUGCGAUAUUUAUAUGGAAUUCUGACUGUGGCACAAAAAAACACCCGUACAUUUUGUACAGACAUUUUAUUAUUAAAUGGAGCCAACAUAUUGUGUUCAAAUAUAAAUUUACUUUGGUAGAAAUUCUUCUAAAAAUUCUUUUAGGUAAGUCAAAGUUUGCGUGCCAAACUAAAAUCACCUGUUUUGACGAUAAUCAAAUCAGCUGUGGCAUGACGAGCGAAGUUGCACUAACUUUGGUUAUUGUCCCCUAGAUAACGCACAUAGUCUACUAUUGAAAUAAAACAUUUUAAUUAUUCCAGCAUUUCUAUUUGUAAAACUAUUAAUUUUUAACUUAAUCAAAAGAUUAGCCGUUAACAUAAAAUAAAUUAUUUUUGUAAAAAAAAAAAGAGGGAGCGAUCGUUGACCCCGCCACCCGACUGUCACUCUAGCGCGGUAAAAUUUUGUUAUUACAAAACUCUUAAGUUUCAAUUGGAAGUACUUAUAAUUAAUUACAAAUGAUUAUCGAUCUCUUGUCCGAUAAAUUUACAGCCUCGUUUCUUUAGUCCGACAACAUAAAUGUGUUAAUUAUGGCAGGUUAUGUUUUGCGAUUACAAAAGCCAUUUUAAUUUUUUCUAACUUUCAAAUAAAACAUGUUUAUUAACAAAGUAAUUGUCCGACAAAAGAAAAUGACACAAACUUAUAAAAAUCGAAAUUAUUUAUUUUUUAUUUUUUAAUUUGGUACUUUUUUUUAUUCUUAUUUGGUAAUUAUUUUAUAUUAUUUUAUUGUUUAAUUUUGUAGACGGCGCGCGUACAAAACGAGCCGAUGAAAGCAUUAUAUAGUAAAUAUAUCUCUGUGACACAACUAUAGUAAAAAUGUGCAUUACAUGACUAUUGUAAUAUAAUAUUUUUAUAACAAUAAAUAAUAUUUGACUUAUUCUAGAUAAGCUAAGUAUUUCUUAAAAUAAUAUCGUUGAAAGCAUGGCCAUGAUAUUUUGUUGCUUUGAAAAAAGUUUUACAAUGCUCCAAAAUUUUAAUAUCAAAAGUUUUUAAUUUUCUCUCUUCUGGGGCGAAAAUUUUCAUUUGUACUCCGACUUUUGCACACAAACCACUCCAUAAUUCUAAAACAUAAACAAGUGCACGUUUUUUAUUUAAUAAGUCACAUGUAGUACACAAUUCCGACAAAGUUAAAGUAUAAUAUCACUGUUACCAGUCACUUCUCGAGCUCGUUUUGUUACGCGCGCUAUGGUACCAAAUUCAAAAAUAAGAAAAAAUUAAAAAUUUCGUUUUUUAAGUUUACGGCAUUUUUUUGUCGGGCACUUCCUUUGGUAUUAAUAUUUUAUUUGAAAAUUAAAAAAAUUUAAAUUAUGACUCUUGUAAUCGCGAAACAUAAUCGGCCAUAAUUAACAUAUUUACGUUGUCGGACUAAAGAAACGAGGCUGUAAAUUUGUCGGACAAUGGAUCGAUAAUCUUUUUCAAUUAAUUAUAAGUACUUUCAAUUGAAAUGAGUUUUGUAAUAACAAAACUGUACCGCACUAGAGUGACAAUUUCUUUGUCCAGCCAGCUAGUUGGAAACCUAUGACGUAUGCCACUUUCAGCUACAAUACAACAAACAUGAUGCAUAGCUAUUUAUACAAAUUUGCUGAUGAUGAUUAUAGUGAUGACGAUCUGGAGAUGAAUGUUGAAAGAACUGCUACACCAAAAUCGAUACACACCGAAGGCGCAGAAAGUGAAUCUAACUGGAGUUGGAUUCAAGAACACAGCGGGGAGAGGCCAUGUUAGAGUGCCUAACCUAACGUUCCGCCAUUAAGAACUUCUGCGAAACCAGAAGUUAGAGACCCAGACUUUUGCCUAGCUUAUUCCCCCUAUCCGUAACAGAAGCUGGCUAGAAGAAUCAGAGGAGAAAGGGCAUAAACAAAUAAAAUACAUAAACUUACGUGCACAGAAAUCGGCCCACUUAAAAAAUUUGGUCAUUUUUUAUGUCUCGUAUUUCCUAAACCUGUUGGCCGAUUUAAGUGAUUUUUGAAGAUGCUAUAGCCUGAUUCUUUAGCAAUACCACUGUAUUAAUAUUGUUGCCAAACAAGUAAAUUUUCAUUGUAUACAGGGUGUACCAAUCAAACUGUGUUUUUUUCUCAAAGUUCACAACACCAUGUGGAAUAUUCUAGCAUUUAUAAAAUACUGAAAUUAAAAUCCAACUAUAGCUUCAGGUUUUCUUAACAUUUUGUUUUUUGAUUCAUUCGUUUAUGUUGGAUAAUAAAAAAGUUAGGUACUUUAACAACUAGACAUGUUAUUCAUCAAUACACGGUGUUUCUAAAUAAGUGCGACAAACUUUAAGGGGUAAUUCUGCAUGAAAAAAUAAUGGCAGUUGGCUUUAUAAACGUAUGUCCGCAAAUGUUUCGUUUACGAGAUACGGGAUGUUGAAGUUUUUCUUACAAACUGACGAUUUAUUUUAUUGCUUAAAACCGGUUGAGAUAUGCCAAUGAAAUUUAGUGAGUUUUAAGACGUAGUUAUUGCACAUUUUUUGACAUACAAUUAAGAAUUUAAUAUUCGCCAUUAGCGCGCAUACGUGUAAUAUGACCGAUCAUAUUACCCGUAUGCACGCUAAUGGUGAAUAUAAAAUUCUUAAUUUUAUGUCAAAAAAUCAGUAAUAACUAUCCCCUAAAACAUACCAAAUUUCAUUUGCAUAUCUCAACUGGUUUUAAAGCGAUAAAUAAAUCGUCAGUUUGUAAGAAAAAAUUCAACAUCCCGUAUCUUGGAAACGAAACAUUUGCGGACAUACGUUUGUAAAGCCAACUGUCAUUGUCAUUAUUUUGUCAUACAGAAAAACCUCUUAAAGUUUGUCGCACUCAUUUAAAAACAUCGUGUAUUGAUGAAGAACAUGUCUAGUUUUUAAAGUACCUAACUUUUUUUAUUAUCCAACAUAAACGAAUGAAUCAAAAAUCAGAAUGUUAAGAAAACCUGAGGCUAUAGUUGGGUUUUAAUUUCAGUAUUUUUUUUUUGAGAAAAAACACAGUUUGAUUGGUACACCCGGUAUACAAUGAAAAUUUACUUGUUUAGCAACAAUAUUAUUACAGUGGUAUUGCAAAAGAAUCAGGCUAUAACAUGUUCAAAAAAUCACUUAAAUCGGUCAACAAGUUUAGGAAAUAUGAGACAUCAAAAAUGACCAAAUUUUUAAGUGGGCCGAUUUAUAUGCACGUAAGUUUAUUAAAAAAUGUACUGUUGGAAACUUAUCACGUAUAAAACUUACACUUCCAGCUAGAAUACAAAAAACAUGAUGCAUAGCUAUUUAUCCAAAUUUGCUGAUGAUGAUUAUAGUGAUGACGGCCUGGAGAUGAAUAUUGAAAGAACUGCUACACCAAAAUUGAUACACACCGAAGGCACCGAAAGUGAAUCUAACUGGAGUUGGGUUCAAGAACACAGCGGGGAGAGGCCAUGUUAGAGUGCCUAACCUAACGUUCCGCUAUUGGGACCGUGCAAGUUCGGCAAAGCGACCUCUAUUUCUACGCUCUGUACUUUUAUUCGCACUUUUAAUUAUAUUGGCCAAUUAUAUUAGUCCUGGUUGCUGGAUAAUUGUCAAGACCAUAGUCCAAAAAAAUAAUAAGAAGAAAAAAUAAGAUGCAGGUUAUGUUUAGCAAACGUAAACAAUUGUAUGUAGUAAAUAAAAUCAGUUAUUAAAAUGCAGUACUGCAAGCAAAAUACAAUUAAUUAAAUUUACCUUUAUAUAAUAAUUGCAUAUCAUAUCAAUAUUGUGGAGCAAUAUAUAAUUUUUCUGCGUCAAUGACAGAAGGUAUGAAAUAUACGUCAAUUUGACAAUUUCAAUUGACAAUAUGAAUUAUUUAAGAUAGUUGCAAUAUUUCUCCGCGACUCGCGCACGGUCGUUUCUCGUUUCCCUUUCCAAGUACUUGCACACCGCGAAUCAAGAAAUUCUGCGAAACCAGAAGUUAGGGAAAUUUAUUUUACUUUAAUGUAUAAUCUUUUGAUUGAAAUUAAAGAUAAUAGUUUUGCAAUAACAAAAUAUAACCGGGCUAGAACUACAGGUUUAGGUGUUGUGCGUGCGGAAAAGCGUCCAUCUUGUACUCUAAACAUUUCAGAAACUGGUAGUCUCGAUCAAACGAAGCAGUUAAAACCAUUUUUAAGACUUUUGGUAUCAUUUUCAACAAAUGACGGUGUACUGGGGACUAUUAGGACAUU